AUCCACAAUCCAUCAAAAAACGCAAUUCUCUAUUUAACAAACAUAUAUUCGCAGAGAUUUAAAAAAAGUAAAGUUUAAACUUAAACAUCGAGUUAACUUAAUAUCAGUAAAGUAACAGUAGUAAAAUGGGCGGUGACCGGGACUUCCUGGUUUAUUUUUCCUAGUACCUUUGCAAGUAAGUUAGUUUUUGUAACAAAGUAUAAUCCACAGGUACUUUAUUGGUUAAAGUUUAAGAGUAGAAGGCGUGUCAGGUUGCCUGUUAAAACGAUCUUUCAUCCAAUCCAAAUUCCGUUGAGUGUAGCAGCAGGUGAGGACCAAUGGUCUAGCAGGUCGGCCAUACACGCAGGCCCUAAAUGAUCCUAAUAACCGGUAAUUAUCACCUGUGUAUCUCGGUCUCUCGGCUUAACUUGACGAUCCCCAGAGUGGGUGGCUGAUUCAGUGAAUAUGACACGUCGUACGAUCUCUUAGACUACUCGGGAGUCGUCGAUUGUUCACCAGCUAGUGUGAAAUAUCACGACCAAGUGUUACAAGUGUAUCUUGGUUUAUAUUCCAUCUCACUUGGACUCGUUCUGUGUUAAUAGUUACUCUCGACUUUUCUAUAUACGUUAAAGCGAGUCUUUCAUCUUCAUCUUCAUCAUCAUCAUCAUCAUCAUCAUCAUCACCAUGAUCAACAACAUUUUGUGAUGUACUAGAAGACAUUACUUGUUGAUGAUGCUCACUACCACGUACAUACCCACACAUAUCUAUGUAUAAAUAUAUAUAUAUUAAAUAUAUUUUAACAAAGUAAGCGACAACUGAGGAGUAAUUAUUUUGUUUAGUCAAGUGUUAGUGUCUUGGCGUAAAACGAGCCCGCAGGCAAUUAUUAAAUCACGUUUCUAAUUGAUAAAUUCAUCAAAUAAUAAUAUUAACAUUAUUAUUAUUAUCAUUAUUAUUAUUAUUGUUGUAAGAUACGUAAUAUAUGUGACUUAUCAUUAAGUAUAUAAUUGUAAAUAUACAUUGAUAAGAGAUAUUUGUAAAAGAGGAAAAGAAAAAUAAUCGUGGGUGUGGGUGUUAACGUGUGAAAAAAAAAAUAUUUAUAUAUAACAAGUUUUUGAAAUGCAAUCGACAACUUCGACGUUAGAUCUCGAUGGAUCUACGGGGAGGUCGUCUGGGUGCUGCGGUGAUGCUGAUCAUCAUCGCAAUGGUGAAGAUGAUGAAGAACGAUCCGAACGAUCGAGAUCGUGUCAAUUAUCUUUGUCGUUGGAAGAUCGUGAACUGUGGACUAGAUUUCAGACCAUUACUAAUGAAAUGAUUGUCACUAAAAAUGGAAGACGAAUGUUUCCAGUCGUAAAAGUUGUUGCGAGAGGUCUAGAACCCGCGGCAAUGUAUACUUUGCUUCUGGAAUUUGUACAGAUUGAUCCGCACAGAUGGAAAUAUGUCAAUGGUGAAUGGGUACCAGGUGGUAAAGCAGAAGUAGCACCACCAAAUCCUAUCUAUAUACAUCCAGAGAGUCCAAAUUUCGGCGCGCACUGGAUGAAAGAAGCAAUAUCAUUCGCUAAAGUUAAACUUACCAACAAAUCUAAUGGUAACGGUCAGAUAAUGUUGAAUUCUUUGCAUAAAUAUGAGCCCCGAGUACAUUUAGUUCGCGUAGGUGCCGAAGAACAGCGGACUGUCCUAACAUACAGAUUUCCAGAAACUCAAUUCAUUGCUGUCACCGCGUAUCAAAACGAAGAGGUCACAGGACUAAAAAUAAAAUACAAUCCCUUUGCAAAAGCAUUUUUGGACGCUAAAGAACGCCCGACUGAUCAGCAAACUUAUCCGCAAUAUACAAGCGCUUGGUUUCUUCCGCAACCGGCAAUGAGUUAUGAAUACGCUCCACCGUCGGCAAUAGCAAUGACUCAAAGUCAAGUAUCUAAUUCAUCGUGUAAUCUGUCAAAUACCUGCACAGUAUCACCAGGAAGUCAUAAAAGUUCAUGUAGAACAUCACCUUAUACUAUUAGACAUAAAUAUCUCCAAGAAGAAGAAAAUGUCGAUCCAUAUGGUACAGUACCACUACUUCAUUCAGCGUACGUAACAAGUAAUUGGUCACCACGAAGUCCAGAGCCGCUGCCUGCAUUAAAUCCAUCAUUACCACAAGAAUGGCCAGCAUCGCCGCUACCAUCACCAACUUCAUCGUCACCGGCACCUUACACUCACUUGUCGCCACUUGGAAGACCUGGUAAUUCCUCAACAGUACCAACAACCUGUACAUUCUACAUCCCCCAAGCUCCAUGCAACACAACUCAUGACCACGAAUCAUCGAACUGGCUGCAUCCCGGGAUAUCCGACCAAGUGACCCAGCAGCAGUCAUACUUGAACCUAAAUCUCCAUCUGCACCAUCAGUUACCUACUUACUCACCCCGCGGUACGACUCUCCAGGUGCUUCAGCAACCCAACGACAUCACGCAGCAUCCAGUCCAGGAGCACGGAUACGAUCAUCACGGUUACCAUCAGUCUCCUGAUCAUACUCAUCCAGAUCAGACUCAUUUGCUCGAAUUACAUUCACAUAGUGAAGCAACGUCGACAGCACCCACUGAUCAGUAUGACCCCAAGAGCCAGGGUCACAAUCACAGUCACACUCUAGCUGUGUAUCAAGACACCCAAGAAACUGAGACACGAGUCGGCGAAGCGAGACGUUACAUUACCAGUGUUAUUGAUCAUCGUCAUUCAAUCGUUUCCACUACGACUGCUGCUGCAACUGCUGUUGGCAAUCAAAGAGAUCCUAAUGCUGGAGACAAUCAAACCUGGACUCCACUUACUCCGCCACCAGUCACACAAAACACCAGUAUUUGACGGAAUAAUAAAUAUAAUACAUUACAAUAUACUGUUUUGUGUUUUUAAAUAAAAGUUUAAACAAUCAAGUUGUAGAAAAUUUCAAUAUAUAUAAAUAUUAUUUUUUUUUGGUCAAUAAUUAAUUGUAGAGUUAACUGAUCUACAUUCCGUCCGUUAAAGUAAAUAUUAAUAAUUAAUAAAUAAUUGUAGUCUUUAAGUAGACUUGUACAUAAAAAUAAGUAAAGCAAUAAAUAAUA